GCGGGGACGGCCUGGGCUUUGUCAUAACACGGCGACUAACCUCGGGGUGCCUUGGACGCAGGAGUUCCGGGGAUGAGACACGGAAGGACCUGGGCAAAAAGCACAAAUUGGUCAACCUGGAAAAAGCCACCUAGCCAAGAGAGCUCUGAAAUGGAGUAUAUCGACAAAUACAGAAAGCUUGAGGCAGAAGAACUUGACAUGUAUGGCAGUGAUGAGUCAACCAGGGGGCCGGGUCCAAGGCUGCCUUUGGCUAAAUCAAGCAACGUGACAUGCAUCCCAGAGCCAACUUACAGAUAUCCUGAUUUGCCUAUAAAUCGAUGUAAGGAAGAGGUCAUUUCUUUGAUAGAGAGUAAUUCUGUGGUGAUCAUACACGGUGCCACGGGCAGUGGCAAAAGCACUCAGCUCCCACAGUACCUGCUGGAUCACUGCAUGCAGCGCUCUGCCCACUGCAACAUCGUGGUCACCCAGCCGCGGAAGAUUGGGGCCAGCAGCAUCGCCCGGUGGAUCAGUAAAGAGCGCUCCUGGACUUUGGGUGGUUUGGUGGGCUACCAGGUAGGGUUAGAAAAGAUAGCGACAGAAGACACCAAGUUAAUUUAUAUGACCACUGGAGUCCUGCUUCAGAAAAUAGUUAGUGCCAAGAGUUUGAUGGAAUUCACACACAUCUUCAUCGAUGAAGUGCAUGAGCGAACUGAAGAAAUGGAUUUCCUGCUGCUGGUUGUCCGCAGACUUCUAAGAACAAAUUCACGAUUUGUGAAGGUAGUCCUGAUGUCAGCCACCAUUAACUGUAAAGAGUUUGCCGACUACUUUGCUGCCCCUGUUCAGAACAAGGUGAACCCUGCGUACGUUUAUGAGGUCGAAGGAAGACCCCAUUCAAUCGAGGAGUAUUAUCUCGACGAUUUGGAGCACAUCCAUGGUAGCAAGCUUUCUCCUCAUCUCCCGGAGGAGCCCGUGAUCACUAAGGAUGUAUAUGAAGUUGCCGUCUCCCUGAUCCAGAUGUUUGACGAUCUAGAUGUGCAAGACAGCGGGAACAAGACCCGGCUGGGCGCUCAGCCUGUGUCCGAGCGGAGCAGUGUGUUGGCGUUUUUGCCAGGUCUGGGUGAGAUAAACCAUAUGCAUGAACUUCUUACAAACAUGGUUCACAAAAGGUUACAGGUCUAUCCACUCCAUUCAAGUGUGACUUUAGAAGAGCAGAAUAAUGUGUUUUUAAGCCCAGUUCCUGGGUAUAGAAAGAUCAUUCUGUCCACCAACAUCACGGAGAGCUCCAUCACCGUCCCAGAUGUCAAGUACGUUAUAGAUUUUUGUUUGACUAGAACUCUGGUUUGUGACGAAGAUACAAAUUAUCAGAGUCUGCGAUUGACUUGGGCUUCUAAGACCAGUUGUAAUCAGAGAAAAGGCCGAGCUGGACGCGUAUCUAAAGGGUAUUGUUACAGACUGAUCCACAAAGAUUUCUGGGACAACUCCAUCCCUGACCACAUUGUUCCGGAGAUGUUGCGUUGUCCAUUAGGAAGCACAAUAUUGAAAGUGAAGUUACUGGACAUGGGUGAACCAAGAGCUUUGCUGGCAACUGCCCUUUCUCCACCGAGCCUGAGUGACAUCGAACGGACCAUCCUUCUACUAAAGGAGGUCGGAGCCCUUGCUGUCAGCGGGCAGAGGGAAGAUGAAAACCCCCACGAUGGCGAACUGACCUUCCUAGGAAGGGUUUUGGCCCAGCUCCCUGUUAAUCAGCAGCUGGGUAAACUAGUAGUCCUGGGACAUGUGUUCGGGUGCUUGGAGGAGUGCCUCAUCAUAGCGUCGGCUCUUUCUUUGAAGACUUUUUUUGUAAUGCCUUUAAGGCAGCAUCUCGAUGGAUACAGGAACAAGGUGAAUUUCUCUGGCAGUAGUGAGAGUGACUGUAUCGCACUCAUUGAGGCAUUCAGAGCGUGGCAGGCUUGCAGACAGAGAGGAGAGCUCCGGCACCCCAAGGAUGAACUUGACUGGGGACGGUUAAAUUAUAUUCAAAUCAAGAGAAUUAGAGAGGUGGCUGAAUUAUACGAAGACCUGAAGAACAGAAUCUCACAGUUCAACAUGUAUGUUGGUUCUCAGCAGCCUGUCACGGACCAGGAGUAUAAGCACAAGCAGCGAUUCAUCCUACAGGUUGUAUUGGCAGGUGCUUUUUAUCCAAAUUACUUCAUGUUUGGACAGCCUGAUGAGGAGAUGGCAGUGAGGGAGCUGGCCGGCAAGGACCCGAAGACCACCAUUGUGCUGAAGCACAUUCCCCCCUAUGGAUUUCUAUACUACAAACAACUACAGUCUUGCUUUAGACAAUGUGGUCAAGUCAAAUCCAUUGUAUUUGAUGGUGCAAAAGCUUUUGUGGAGUUUUCACGCAGUCCAACCGAGAGACUUAAAACACUCCCUGCAGUGUACAUGGCAACCAAGAUGUCGCAGCUGAAGGUGCCCCUGGAGCUCCGUGUCCAUUCUGCAGAGGAGAUUGAAGGGAAGGUGCUCCGAGGGGCUGUUUCAAAGCUCAGGAAUACCAGGGUGAAUGUGGACUUCCAGAAGCAGACAGUAGGUCCUAUGCAAGUUUCAUUUAACCCAGUAGACAGAUCCCGGACCACUGCAGAACUCCUUCUCACAGUUGAUGUUACAGAGGUGGUUGAAGUGGGACACUUUUGGGGGUAUAGGAUUGAUAAAAGAAACUCAGAGAUCCUGAAAAAGCUUACCGCUGAAAUAAACCGGCUGGAGUUGGUGCCCCUGACAAUUCACCCACACCCAGACCUGGUCUGCUUGGCUCCUUUUGCUGAUUUUGAUAAAGAAAGCUACUUUAGAGCUCAAGUCCUUUAUGUUUCUGGGAAUUUUGCUGAGGUGUUCUUUGUAGACUAUGGUAAUAGAGCUCACGUGCAUCUGGACGUUCUCAUGGAGCUUCCCUGUCAGUUUCUUGACCUUCCAUUCCAGGCUCUGGAAUUUAAGAUUUGCAAAAUGCGGCCGUCCGCAAAGUCCCUUGUGUGCGGCCAACCCUGGAGCACCGGGGCCAGCCGGCGGUUCUCCUCCCUGGUGAGCGGCUGUGCCCUGCUCGUGAAGGUCUUCUCUGUCAUGCACAGUGUCCUGCAUGUGGACGCAUAUCGCCUCUCGGGGGUCCAGGAUGCUGUCAGCGUACGAGACAUCCUCAUCACAGAGGGCUAUGCUGAGCCCAUGGAAGAGCCCUAUGAGUCCAAACAAAGCCAUGAAGUUCUCAAGAGUAUCAUUUCCAAAUCAGUAGAAAACAUGACAGACAUGUCUGUGCUGUCCCCCGGGAAAGAUGACGAAAAGCUCCUGAUCCAGGUUUUGUUAGAGAGCUUUUCCUCCAAUAAACUGGGCACCCCAACCUGCAAGGCAAUUCUUCAUGGGCCAUUUAAUCCCUAUGAACUGAAGUGUCAUAGUUUGACCAGAAUAUCCAAGUUCAGAUGUGUGUGGAUCGAGAAGGAGAGCAUCAACUCUGUCGUGGUCAGUGACACCCCGGCAGAGCUCCACCAGAGCAUGCUGGUUGCUGCUUCCCUGUCAGUCAACGCCACCGGGACCACCUUGCUGCUGAGAGAGACCUCUCUGAUGCCCCACAUUCCUGGCCUCCCUGCUCUCCUCAGCAUGCUGUUUACUCCAGUGAUGGAGCUAAGGGUUGAUCGGGAUGGAAAAUGCUAUACCGGAGUCCUUUGUGGUUUGGGGUGGAAUCCAAUGACAGGGGCCCCCAUCCUGCCAGAACACGACAUUGAACUAGCGUUCGACGUUCAGUUCAGCGUGGAGGAUGUCGUGGAGAUUAAUAUUCUCAGGGCCACUAUUAACAAGCUAGUGUGUGACAGACCAAACGGAUCCAAAUAUCUUGGGCCAGAAGGAAUCACACAGUUACAGGAUAAUGCCCGCCAGAAGCUGCUAGGUUUGUUCUGUCAUAUGAAGCCAAGAGAGAGGAUUGUUCCUAAGUGGCAUGAAAAGCCGUAUGAGUGGAAUCAGGUCGAUCCAAAGCUGGUCAUGGAGCCGACUGACCGGGAGGGCAGCAGAGGGAAGAGCACCGCCCUCUACCAGCUGCACAAACCAAUCGUUCUCAGUGCCGCCCCAGGUCCCGCCGAGGACGGCCGCGCAGGGCUGGGUUAGGGCUGCGCCUGCAGGCCGGCUUCUCUGAGCUUGCGCGCUGCUCCCACCCUGCGUCCUUUUCUCUCUGGGGGGUGGCUGAGAGUGGUAUUUCUGUUCAGGUGGGAAGAAUUAGAGAAUCUAGUCUUUCCUAGAAACAGAAAAUCAUUGUAUUAAACAUUUUGGAAAAAACUGUUCUGAAAGAAGACUUCAUUUGGAAAAAGAACUAUAUUUUGCUUUGAAUUUAUUAAGGUAAAUAUCAGUAGCUAAUCUUACACGUAAGGUUCCAGAAUGUGCUUCUAUGUUUUAUUUUGUCAGAGUGACGUAAACCUGGGGUCCGGGGAAAACCAGGAUUCGCAGUUGACCACAAGGGAAAAGCUGUUUUUUCCAGAACCAUGUGGCAUUUUCUAAUUCUUUUUUUUCCAUGAGGGAAAAUACCUACUUUUGGUAAAACUAAUUUCAGUUUUGUGUAUUUUGGAUUUUCACUUAAGUUACAAUUCUUGGUCCACAUUUUGGGAUCAGAGUGAUUACCUGGCAACUAGCCUAUCUAUGUUAAAACAAUAAAA